CUGCUCGCUCAUCGGCUUGCAGCUGGACGCCUUGGCCCUUCCCGUUCCAGACCUUCACCAUCGAUCGGCACAUUGCCCUGGUAGCUUCUGUUGGCGCCCUGCGCGACUUCGAGAAAGUCUGCAUCGGUCUUGCAGGGCGGCCAUCUUCUGCAGUGGGAUGGCGAUCGUGGCAGUAAAACAACGAGUGCGAUACUAGUACCGGUACGGUUGAAGCAUGCCAGCGCACCUGCGGUUGAAGCUCUGUCCAGCUCACCUGCUGCGGACUCGUAGCCUUCCAACAAUCACGCUGUUUGCAUUGAAGCUGCAUGUGGGUGUCUCUAUCGGGUUUGACAGAAACUGAUCUGACAAGGGUUCCUUCUGUUCGCCCACCGACAGCUACAGAUCGAGCAGCUAACAAUGUCUCGCCUCAGGGAGAGGAAGCGGACAGUCAUAUAUGAUGUGGAAGAGACGAGCGAGAUUGAAGAUUCUGAUAUUGAAGCGAAGGUGUCAAAGAGGCCUCGCCAGGUCAACUCAUCAGCAAUAAAUACACGGGCUGAUGAAGGACCAGGUCAACCUCAAGAGGGCCCCAAGAAAAGGGUGUUGACCAGACUGGUCAAAAAGAAACAUCAAGACACCCCGGAGGUGUCUGACGAGAUUGAAUAUUCAGAGGCAGAGCAAUCAGACGAGAUUGCAGAGAUCUCGGAAUCAGAAGGUCACGAGGUGAUGAAGCGGCCAAAGGAGAAGGAGAAAAGGCGGGGAAUGGCCAGCAUUUUGAAAGAUGGCGCCAGAGGAGGGAAGAACUCCAAGAAGUCAGUUGCCGCCAUGGCUGAACACCUGAACAUGACCAACUCCAUGCUCAAAUACACAAGACCCAAUGUGAGCAAUGUCCAGGAGAAGAGUCGAGGGAGGAGCAAGGAGGAUGGGCAAGAGGAUGCAGAUAAAACUGUCAAAGAGGAGCCCCGCGAGGGCCGCAGACCGCGCCGCGCUGCGGCCGCCUCUGUCAACUACAAUGAGGAGGUCAUCGCCAAUCAGGCGUUCCUCUUCGCAGCUGCGGACAACGGGCGCAAAGCGCACCAGGCCAAUGAGAAGAGCAAGGAAACCAAGAAGGGUGCGGAUGUAAAAGCAGAAGAUAGGGUCACCGUCCCCGACUCAGAGGACGAGUGCGAGGAGAUUGUGACUGAGCUGUGCACAACGGGAGCGAAAGUAGGGCGAGGCAGCGAAAAGGAAAGUGAGAAUGCAAAGGGCGAAACGACCCGGCGCUCAGCCAGGCAGCGGGGCCGGGUCAGCUAUGCCGAGGUUGAGGAAGGAAUUGAAUUCGAAAACUUUGAGGCCCCGGCCAGAGUGCUCAGGAAGCAGGCGAUGGAAGCCCUAUCCAAGCGGAAAGAGGUGGAGGACGAGGGAAAGGCAAAGAAGAGGACGAUCAGCGACCUCAAUCAGUUUGUGUUCCAGAAAGGGGCAGCAGAAACGGGCGGCGCUGAGGACGAGGAUGGGGAAGGAAGGGCCACGAAACGGGGCAACGGGCGGGCGUUGAGGGACCGGACAGAGCGAAACCUGAACAGGAGCAGCAGGGGUCGCUCACGGAAGUCCAGCCCAGAGAGCGAUGCUCAUUCGUCAGAGAGCGAGGAGGAAAGGCCGAGAAAGAAGAAGUCGAAGCACACAUCCCCUGUGCGCAAAUCAGAGCGAGUCCGCAAACCAGUCAAAACCUCCCUUGCUGAAGACGAUUCAGACGAGGAUGAACCUGAUUCAGACGAGGAGACCGGGGACGAGGAGGAUGAGGUGGCCGCCUCUGGCGAAGACGAUGGGGAAGAAGCUGAGGCGUCAGACGCAGAGGAUGAGCUUGACGGCCGGGUGGAGAAGAUCCUGGCGCCCGCCAAGGGCAGCAUCGACGUGGAAAAUCGCCGCUUUGUGGUCAAGUUCCACGAGCGGAGCUACCGCGCAGCCAAGGCCGUGAGCGAAAGCGUCCUCAUGCAGCAUUGCUCCCAGCUGCUGCGGAACUACCUGGUCAAGGGCGGCGAAGGCUCUGAAGACGAGCCGUUCAACCCCGACUAUGCUGUGAUCGACCGGAUCAUCGCCGAGCGGCACCGGCGCGGCGGCGCACGCGAGCUAUUGGUCAAGUGGCGGGGCCUCGAGUACGGCCGGGCGACGUGGGAGGCGGAGGAAGACCUUGAGGACGACAAAGACGCAAUUGAACGGUUCGAGAGCCUGAGCCGGAAGCCGGAGCCCCAUCCAAACGACGGGAAGGAGUCGGGCGAGCUGGAGUUCAAGACGGGGCGCACGCUGCGGGACUACCAGCUGGUGGGCGUGCGCUGGCUGGCCCAGAACUACCAGGGCAAGAGGAGCUGCAUGCUGGGCGACGAGAUGGGGCUCGGGAAGACGUUCCAGACGGUUGCGAUGCUGGAGACGCUGCACCGGCGCGGCAAGGCCGGGCCAUUCCUGGUGGUCGCCCCCGUGUCAACUCUGGGCCACUGGCAGCGCGAGGUGGAGUCGCUCACCGACCUCUACUGCGUGGUGUACAAGGGCGACGCCAAUGACCGAAACACGAUCCGGACGUACGAAUUUGGUUCUGCGAGGAGCAGAAAGCAUCGCUUUCACGUGCUGCUCACGAGCUUCGAGCUGCUGGUGAAGGACGCGACGCACCUCAAGAACAUCCCGUGGAGAUACGUCGUGGUAGACGAGGCGCACAGGUUGAAAGGGCGAAACUCCCUCGCGUCAAAGAUCAUUCGCAACAUGGACCUCAGGGCGGGCGAACUGCUGCUGUUAACGGGGACGCCCAUCCAGAACAACACCAGCGAGCUUUACGCCCUCCUGAGCCUGCUCGAUCCUGAGAAGUACGACUCCGAGGAGGAGUUUUUGGAGAAGUUUGGGAACAUCAAGGACUCUGCGCGGGUCCGGGAGUUGCAGGAGCAGUUGAAGCACAUCCUGCUGCGGCGCAAGAAGGAGGACGUGGAGAAGUCGAUCCCGCAGAAGGAGGAGGUGAUCAUCUGGGUGGAGCUGACGCAGAGCCAGCGGUCGUACUACAAGGCCGUGUACGAGGGCCAGAUCGGGACGCUGCUCAAGGGCGUCAAGAAGGGCAACCUGCCCAACAUGCGCAACGUGGCCAUGGAGCUCCGCAAGCUGUGCAACCACCCGUUCCUGAGCAACAGCGUUGCCGACAACAUGAUCCAGUGCCGCCGCUGGGAGGCCCGCGGCCAGCUUGACCACCUGAGCGACGAGGCGCUCCGGUCGCAGCUGCUGCAGCAGGGGUCCGGCAAGAUGGUGCUGCUCAACAAGCUGCUGCCCAAGCUGCGCGACGGCGGCCACAAAGUGCUCAUCUUCUCGCAGUUCAAGAUCAUGCUGGACCUGCUGGAGGACUACAUCAACGAGAAAGGCUACCCGUUCGAGCGGAUCGACGGGGACAUCACCGGCUCCGGCCGCCAGGCCGCGAUGGACCGCUUCCAGGCCGAGGGCAGCGACAGCUUCAUCUUUCUGCUGAGCACGCGGGCGGGCGGCCUCGGCAUCACCCUCACAGCGGCCGACACGUGUAUCAUCUACGACUCCGACUGGAACCCUCAGAACGAUCUGCAGGCCAUGGCGCGCUGCCACAGGAUCGGGCAGACCAAGGACGUGAAGGUGUAUCGCCUGGUGACGAAGAACACGUACGAGGAGCAGCUGUUCCAGUCGGCGUCGCGCAAGUACGGCCUGGACGAGGCCAUCCUGGGGGACGACAUGGGCGACCAGCGGGACCCCGAACAGGGCAAGGACAUUGAGAACCUGCUCCUCAAGGGCGCCUACCACUGCCUCCAGGACGAGGCCGCGGAGCAGGCGGCCGCGAGCUUCGGCGAGGAGGACAUCGAGCAGAUUUUGAUGCAGCGCACCGAGACGCGCCAGGUGGGCGGCGCCGGCAAGUCGUCGUUCGCGGAGGCGACGUUCGCGCCGGUGGAGGAGGAGAUGAAGUGGGAGGCGCUGCUGCCCGAGGCGGUGGCGCUCGAGCGCGAGCGCGAGGAGGCGGCCGCGCGCGCGCUCGUGGAGGGGAUCAAGCACCCGCGGCGGCGGAACCAGGUGAACUACACUGAAAAGGCCGCAUACGCGAGCAGCGAUUCGGACGAGGAUUUUGACGGGAGCGAGGAGGGGCGCCCCGCUCGGAAGAGCAGCCCCAAGGAGACCGGCUGGACCGACGCCGAGCUGAAGCGAUUGGAGGAGAAGCUGCUCAGCCUGGGCGAGGGCCGCUGGGUUGAGAUUCAGACCGAGGCGCGCCUGACCUCCAAACCCCUCGCUGACGUCACCGCCGUCUGCUCUGCCCUCAUCGAGCUCUGCAAGCACGCUGCCGCGGCUCCAAAACCCGCGCCACUCGUCGCGGCCACCGCCCAAACCCCCGAAGCUCCUGUCCCCAUCGUCGGACUAGCUGCUCCGAUCGGCGACCCCCCCGCUGGCAGCGGCCCUCCGGCGGUCGCCCCUGUCCCUGCACCCGCGGCCGCGGCGCCCUUCAAAACUGCCAUUAAGCUGGAUGUCCCGGGCGAUGCGAGAAAGGCGUUUGACGCCGGCAAGUUCCGGGAGCGGAUUGGGAAGAACGCCCAAAAGUACCUCCAGUUUCUUCAUGAGAGGACAGCUCUCGCAUCCGCAGUUGCUGACAACGACAGCCUGACCAAGUGGUUGAUCACAAACCAUAAGUUUGUCCCAGGGCGCAACAAGCUGCCGCAGUGGUGGGACUGGCAGUGCGACAAGGACCUUAUGGUCGGCGCGCACCGCCUCGGGCAUAAAGCCUUCAGAGCCAUGACAGAGGACCAAACGCUCCGCUUCCGCUCCCUGCUCGCCAUCCGCGACCCGAACCCGGACGCCCUCCGAACCGCCCCGCCCCUCCAACCGGCCUCCCUCUCACCCUUCGCUGGCCCGUCCCUUUCCCCGGGGACGACACCCCUCGCCCCGGUUGCGCUGCCGACGAGUUCUCCCUCUUCUCCGAAGACCCCUGUCCCAGCAUUUCUGCCCCGUGAAAUGCCCUCCGACCAGAUUCUGACGAGCCGCCUCAAGAAGCUCAUCGCGCAGCACCCGGUGUCGCGCUCGAAAGCCGACGUCGCCGAGGAGGCCGCCAGGAAGGCGCGCGCCGCGGCCGCGCGGGAGGAGCGCGCGCGCGCGCAGGCGGCGCUCGCGGCGUCCCCCGGGCAGUCCUCGGGGGAGGACUCGGAUGGGGCGCGCUACACGGCCCUCGUCGCCCGGCGGAUAGAACGGGAGGCGGAGAAAAACAUUCGGAAGGCCGAGCGCAAGGCGGCGCGGAAGCGACAGCGGAAAGAGGAGGCGGCGCGCGAGCUUGCGCAGACAAAGGCGCGGCGCGCUGCUGACGUGGCAGUCGGGGAGAAGCGCCGGGCGGAGCAGCCGGCGGAGUCCCCGAAGAAGGUCGCACGGGAAGGAGAGCAGCAGAAAAGCCCGCGACAGCCCCCAACUGGAAACGGGGCCAAGUCCGCGGGUCAAAAGAGCACUCCGAAGAAGCCAACAGCAAGCGCGGAUUUCGAGGGAAAGUUGAACGGGCCCUUGGCUUCGGCGUGCCUGGUGCUCGGUAGCCCUGAGAAGCGGAAGUCUAGCCCGGGCAAGGGCCAGAAGGGCGGAAAGUCGCCGCUCCCUGUGCGCCCCGCCCUGUCCCCGUCCGCUGCGAACGCAAGCAGCAAAUCCCCCGCAAAACCAACCGGGCAGUCGGGCGCCGGUUCUGACGCCAAACCCGCAGCGGGUGGCUCUGGGAAAUCGUCUCCGGGCGGGUUGGCCAGCUUUCAGGGGCCCAGCAAAGCCGCCACGCACAGGCCCAAGGAAGCCGCCCCCGGCGGUGCCGCGAAGCCGCGGCCGGCGGGGGUGACGCAAGUGUUGAGCAAGCAGGGGGCGCCGAAGCGCACCAGUUCCGAGGGGGGGAGCGUGGAGGUGGUGCGAUCGGCUGACUUUGAGAAGGCCAAGAAGAAGCGGCAGCGGGAGGACGGGGCGCUCGGGGGCUCGGGGCUGGGGAGCGGCAGCCAGGGCGGGGGAAAGAGCGGCAAAGUGCAGCCGGUGCCUGACAAGGAGAACCAGCAGCCUUCCAAGAAGAAGAAGAAGCAUAAGUUCGAUCGCACGGACGUCAAGCAGCAGACGCUCAUGACUUUCAUGAGAGCCAAGCCGACACCAGCUGUCGUUUGAGGACUUACAGUACUGAUGCUACUGGUACGAGCCGCACAGUAGCUCCGCUUAGGACACCCCUCCACAUCUGUUAAAACAGCAUUGCUAAGGGCUCGCAUUCCGUCCCUAGCGAAAAGGCCGCUGCGAAGGCGACGAUUCUUAAACACUCUUAGCUCGAUAAAGCAAUCGACCAGCAUUGAGAAGUACACUGGUAGAAGGCUGUAAAAUCUGCUUGCAUGAAACCGCCCCCAUGGGCAAGCAUUCGCUCACAGAAUCAUGAACUUUUUCAAUCUACGUAGCCUAGUCGACGAGUUUGACGUUCGAACGGUUGCACGCGUGCUGACAUAAGGCUGAGCUCUUGUCGCUUGAAGCAGA